AUGAGGAAGGCAGCCGGGUUAGGGGGGGUGCAGCUGCAGAUCGAGGUGAGCGCCGAGCACGAGUGGCGGCAGUUGCUGGAGCGCGCGGGUCUCGUCGUCGUGGACGUUUACUCGGACUGGAGCGGUCCGUGCGCCGCCAUGGUCAGCACCUUGAGGAAGAUCAAGAUGGAGAUGGGCGACGACGCGGUUGACUAUGCGGUCGCGCGAAACGACGACAUCAACGACCUCGCGAGAUUCAGGGGCAGGAGCGAGCCCGUCUGGAUGUUUCUGCGGGACGGCAAGAUGGUGAACCUGAUGUUCGGCGCGCACUGCCCGCGCUUGCGGAAGUUGUUGCUCGAAGAGAUAAGGAGAAUGCGACAGGCGGAGGCUCCGAAGUGGCGGCUAGAUGUGGGCGAACGGGCCCCGGAAGAGGAAGUCCGCUGGCAGAAGCGAGAAGCCAUCAGGAAAGCGCUGGAGGAGAAGAAACGGGCGAAAGAGGAGGCCGAGAGGCGGGAGAAAUACGAGCGAUUCAUGGCGCAUAUGGUUCUCGAGCUCUGCGAGGAAACGGCGCUCGUGCUUUAUCCGUGGGUCUUCAAGGACGAGAACGACAGGCCGAGAGACAAGCUGCUGAGUCCGCCGUACAUGGAGCUCGUCCAAGAUCUCUUCAGGCAGUGCUACGACGUGCAGGAAGAGUUGCGACUCGAGUUGAACGAGGACACGAUCGAGAGGUUGCUCGUCGAGAGCGGCGUCGACGUUACCGACGAAUUGAUAAAAGAUUGGCCGGUGCGUUAUCCUUAUGAGGAUUCGGACGCGUCGAUCAAGCAGCCGACUCGCGCGAUCGACGACGCGGAGAAUUAUCUCAUCAGCAUCAUCACGACGCAGCCGCCUCCUCUCUUGUCAACUAUAACCGGCGUACCUGUGACCGGACCGACCUACGACGCGCCGUCGUACAUCGAGAGGCACGUGCACGUACACGAGCCAGAUCCAGCAGUCGAGGGUGACGUGCGCCGAGUGCACCCUGCCGUUUGGGUGCCUCCUCAGGCCAGAAGCAAAGUUCACGUCUUCAAGACCCUCUUCUCGGCAUACGUGGAGAAGAGUCAUCCUUACGUGGAGCCGGCGGCUCCUCUGCCUCUGUGCGCCUUCAAAUUCGAGGCAUCCAAGUUCAGUGUCGUGCGAGACGCGUACGAGUCGCGCGGCGACGCCGUCGUAUACUUCGGCGCCUUCGAGUUCGAUCAGCCGCCUCAUGCGAGACGCCUCGCGUCCUCGCCCGACGAUUUCGACAAAAAGGUGAGACACAAAACUGGCGCCGAGGUGUUCGUACUGAUAGUUCGAAGAAUCAACGAAGAAAUCUUUCUGGCUUUUGCCGGCAUCGAGCCGUUUUUCGUCACGGAAAUCGAAGAUGUAGCUCAACGGAUGAUAAUGGAAUAUUUUCCCGAGGGAGCUGAGGAUGUGAUACCAUUAUCGCCAACUGAAGAGGAAGCCUUUUACGAGAAGGAGGAAGAAGUUUAUGAAGAAGGAGAAGAGACAGAGGAAUUGGAAGGAGAUGUCGAUUAUUGA